AUAGCUCCGCGGCGAGGCGCCGAACGUCGUACACGGACGAGGUAGUCGUGCCGCAGCCCCGCCCCUCGACGAGAACCCGGAGCCAAGGCCCAGGAGUCGAGUGAGCCCCGGGGCCGUUGAGGAGCCCCGUGACCGUGAGCCGUUGUAACCGCUGCUAUGUGCUCACGCUGAGAGACCAGUGUGAGGACGCCGACGCAGGCGCAGCUCGUCGACACGCCAGAACGAUGUGGUGCUCGCUCCUUGCCGUUGCAGCCCUGCUGCUGGUGACGUCGGAAUGCCAAGGACAACAGCCCUCGGAGCCAACCGAGACUUCCCGGCAGCCGUGGAACCGCUACGAAGACCGAGACCAGGAGUUCGUUAACAGGGAUCGGGAUAGGGAGGCGACUAGGGACUGGGACCGUGACAGCGGACUCGGAUUUGGAUAUCGACCUACUAAUCUGCAGAAUGAUAACGUCAUCAUCAAAGAGGCUUCGUACUUCAUCGUGGCUUCGAGGAUGGUGCGUCCCGGGCAGGUGUACCGCGUCGCUGUGAACAUUCUUCACAGCCCGCUGCCCAUGAUGGUUCAUGCCUCGAUCCAACGGAACGGCGUUGAAAUCGCGGCUGACUUCCAGGAGCUGCGCGAGGGCGUCACCGAGAAGCUUAUGAUGCGCAUGCCGCCGACCUCCGUCAAGGGUGAUUACCGACUACGUGUCGAGGGCAACUACAACAGUCUCACCGGAGGCCAGGUCUUCGUAAACGAGACCCAACUCACCUUCAGCCAGCGCUCGAUGACGAUUUUCAUACAGUGCGACAAGCCCGUAUACAUGCAGGGCCAGACCAUUCGGUUCCGCACGAUACCCAUCAACACGGAGCUCAAGGCGUUCGACGAUACGGUGGAGGUGCACAUGCUGGACCCGUACCGUCGCAUAAUGCGUCGUUGGCUCAGUCGCCAGAGUAACCUCGGCACCGUCUCGCUCUCCUAUCAGCUGUCGGACCAGCCGGUCUUCGGCGAGUGGAUAAUCAAGGUGGUCGCCCAGGGCCAGGUCGAGGAGAAGGCGAUCUUCGUCGAGGAGUACUACCAGACGCGCUUCGAGGUCAACGUCACAAUGCCCGCGUUUUUCUUCGACAACGAGCCCUACAUACACGGCAUCGUCCAGGCGAACUACACGUCCGGCGCACCCGUACACGGCAACCUCACCCUCAAGGCGAGCUUCCGGCCGAUCGACAAGCAUCAUUCGCCCUCGCUCGAGGGCAACGACAACAUAGCCGACCGCUAUUUCAACUUUAACGAGUACUACCCGGCCUGGUUUCAUCCGCCCGAUCUAUUCCGGGAGACGGUGCCCGUGCUAAGGUUCUUCAAUGGCACGUACAGAUUUCAGUAUCCAAUGGGUGAUCUGCUGCAGUAUUUGCCCAGCAACAGCGAUGGUAUGGAGGUGACGGUUACAGCCACCGUCGGCGAGCGCUUCCUCGAGGAAAUCAUUGUCGGCUACUCCACCGCUCGUAUUUACAAUUCGAGCGUGAAAAUUCACUUCUUCGGCGGCUCGCCUCAGAUCUUCAAGCCCGGCAUGCCCUUUGACCUAAACCUGGUGGCUUCCUUCCACGAUGGCUCGCCUCUUAGGCCGUCGCAGCUUCGCGGAGCACAGCUCGAGGUGCGCGGCGACAUCGAGAUGAGGAGCAGCGGACGUAGAACACUGGAAAAUCAGAUUCUCAGGGUUUCGCCGGAGAACGAUGCAGUCUGGUCGAUGCGGAUCGACCUGAGAAAGCAGCUGGGCCUGAUGGACAAUCCACAGCGAGCCCAGCAACUGCUGAACGACAUCGCGAGUAUGCGCUUCUACGCGGACUUCACCGACGGCGAGGGUCACCACGCACACGCUGAGCUCCUGAUGCUCGCCCACGAGUCGCCCAACCAGAAGCACAUCAAGGUGUGGACGUCGACGGAGAAGGCGAAGGUCGGCGAGUACCUCGUCCUUCACGUGCAGAGCAACUUCUACAUGGAGAGCUUCAACUACCUCGUAAUGUCCAAGGGCACGAUAUUGCUGACGAGCGACGAGCGUAUGCAACAGACCGUCAAGACGUUCGCGGUGCCUCUCAGCCCGGAGAUGGCGCCAGUCGCCACGGUCGUCGUCUACUACGUGGGGAAGUACGGCGACGUCGUAGCCGACUCGCUCACCUUCCCCGUAAACGGCAUAUCGCGCAACAAUUUCACCGUCUUCAUCAACAAUAAGAAGGCCCGUACCGGCGAGAAUGUCGAGGUGGCGAUCUACGGCGAGCCUGGCGCUUACGUGGCCCUGUCGGGUAUCGAUCGAUCGUUCUACGCGAUGCAGGCCGGCAACGAGCUCACGUACGCCAACGUCAUCGAGAAGAUGUCGCACUUCGGGGAGGAGACCAAUGGCACCCACUCUCACACGUGGCUCUUCCACGCGGGCGACCCAGACGCGGUUGUCUACUUCCCGGCCUCGACCUACGGUAUCGACGUCAAUCGCACCUUCGAGUACGUUGGCCUCGUCGUCUUCACGGACGCGAUCAUUCACCGCAGACCCGAGCAUUGCAACUACACUCAAGGCUACCUCGAGUGCCUCAGCGGCAGGUGCUACAAGGCGGAUCAGCACUGCGACGGCAUCUUGCAGUGCGAGGAUGGCACCGACGAGGCUCACUGUCCACGGGGCAACGCCACGGACAUCGCGUACUUCCGAAAAUGGCGCUUCAACCGCAUCGAGCGCCAAUACGAGAACGUGUGGCUAUGGAGGGACGUUAAUAUCGGUCCCCAUGGCCGCUUUAUCUUCAACAUCGACGUGCCAAAGACGCCGGUACACUGGAUGGUGACGGCCUUCGGCAUGAGCCCGACCAAUGGAUUCGGCAUGCUACCCUCGGCCCUCGAGUACAUCGCCGUCCUGCCCUUCUACAUCAACGUCGAGAUGCCGACGCAUUGCAAGCAAGGCGAGCAGAUCGGCAUACGCGUAUCAAUUUUCAACUACAUGCGCUACAACAUCGAGGCCACUGUCGUCCUUAGCGGUUCGAAGGAUUACAAGUUCGUGCACGUGGAGGAUAACGGUAUAGUGCAGUCGUACAGGCCGCGAACGUCCUUUGGCGAGCAUCAAUUCUUUCUAUGGAUACCGGCCCAGGACGCCUCGAUCGUCUACAUCCCGAUUGUUCCGGUACGAUUGGGCGACAUCAAGGUGCACAUUUUCGCAACGACGUUAAUCGGAAGGGAUUCGGCCUCGAAGACGCUGCACGUCGAGGCCGACGGCUUGCCGCAGUACAGGCAUCAAUCGAUUCUCCUCGAUCUCAGCAAUCGCGCCUACGUCUUCCAAUACAUGCACGUUAAUAUUACUGAGACGCCAUUGAUACCGUACGAGGAAGAUCGCUAUUACAUAUUUGGAUCUAAUAAAGCUACCAUCAGCAUUGUGGGCGACGUGGUGGGCCCGAUCUUCCCGACGAUGCCGGUGAACGCGACGAGCCUCAUAGCCCUACCGAUGGACUGCGGCGAGCAGACGAUGUUCAGCUUUGCCGCCAACAUGUACACGACCCUGCACAUGCGCCUCAUUAACCAGCGCAACAUUAGCCAGGAGAAGGAGAGCUUUUACUAUAUGAAUAUCGGCUACCAGCGGCAGCUCUCCUUCAUGAAUCCCGACGGCUCCUUCUCAUUAUUCCGAAGCGACUGGAAUCAAUCGUCUCCCAGCAUCUGGCUCACCGCCUACUGCGUGCGCAUCUUCGAGGAGGCGAGCUUUUACGAGUGGGAGAACUACCUCUACAUCGAUCCCAAAGUCAUAGCUCAAGCGGUAUCCUGGCUCCUGGACCACCAGACGCCCGAAGGCUCCUUCUACGAGGUCACCUGGCUACCCGACCGCAAGAUGAACAGCUCACUCAACUACGACGAGGAGCACUUCUUGUACAGGCAUCGAAACAUAUCCCUCACCGCCCACGUUCUCAUCACCCUGGAAACUGUCAAGGACCUCUCCAAUGGAUUGGGGGCUAAGGUUGCCCUCGCGGCAGCCAACGCUGUCAGAUGGCUCGAGCAGAACCUCCAGCUGCUGGAAAUGAAAGGCCGUCCGUACGAGAUAGCCAUAGUCGCGUACGCCCUCCUCCAAGCAAAGGCCUCGACUGCCGAACAGGCGUUCAAUCUCCUAAGGCAGUAUCGGCGCGAGGAGGGUGGCCUUGUGUAUUGGGGACGGGAACUCGUACCCCAGCCGCCAUACAAGAUCGAGAACCAGAAACCGUUCCUCCUGCCUCGACUGCCCUACAAGUACGACUCGGAGAACAUCGAGACGACCGCGUACGCCCUGCUGGUGCACGUCGCGAGACAAGAAGUCGAGGUCGAGCCUAUCGUCAAGUGGCUCAAUUCUCAGAGACUGACAGACGGCGGCUGGGCCUCGACCCAGGACACGGCCUGGGCCAUGAAGGCCCUUAUGGAGUACACCGUGAGGUCGAGGAUCAGGGACGUGAGUCAGCUGUCGGUGACGAUCGAGGCCACGGCCCUGCCCGGCCAGACCAACACUCUGCACGUGAACAACAAAAAUCUCGCCAAAUUGCAGAUCCUUCAGAUUCCUGAAGCAUGGGGAACGGUGAAAGUUCAAGCCAAGGGCGCGGGAUAUGCGAUUUUGCAAAUGCAUGUGCAGUACAACGUGGAUAUAAAGCGAUUCCAAACAAAGCCACCAGUUCCAGCUUUUGACCUGAUCACGCAUGCCAAUUUCCAUGGAAGAAAUCAGUCUCAUAUAACGUAUCUCAGUUGUCAAAGAUGGAUGCACGUGAAUGAAUCGGAACGAUCGGGAAUGGCAGUGCUGGACGUGACUAUUCCAACAGGCUACAUAAUUCAGCAGCAAAAUCUCGAUCGUUAUGUACGAUCUAAGCAAGUGAGAAAUCUUCAGAGAGCCCGAUUCCAGCCUUCCAAAGUGCUUUUCUACUUCGACUAUCUCGAUCAGGAGGAAACCUGCGUUAACUUUACCAUCGAGCGCUGGUAUCCAGUUGCUAAUAUGUCGAGAUAUCUUCCCAUUAGGGUUUAUGACUAUUACGCACCAGAACGUUUCAAUGAGACGAUGUUCGAUUCGUUGCCGACUUACAUUUUGAACAUCUGCGAGGUGUGCGGAAGUUCUCAAUGCCCAUAUUGUCCAAUUUACAAUGCGGCAAGGUUUUUAGCUUCGCCUGGAUACUUCAUCGUCACUUUAUUAGUCCUAGUCAGCGUCAUACGAAAUUUUCGAAUACAAGAUUUAGAAUUCGGCUAGGACUACUGCAGUGCUACAGGAGAUAAGGAGGUGAACCUUUUUAUCUGGUGUUACCUUUUUACAUUCAAAUUGCGUCGGAGCAAAUGGAAAAUAUGUGACGCUUCAAUUUUCCGUCCAAAUAUAUAGUGAAUAAAUAAUAUCACUAACUUUACUUGUAAAAGUAAUACUGAAAAAAGUAGCUCACAAACAACAAUAACAAAAAUUAAUUGUGGCUCAUUGAUUUUG